AUGUCGGGCUUCCUGGAAGAGCUACUCGGCGAAAAGCUGGUGACGGGCGGCGGCGAGGAGGUGGACGUGCACUCGCUGGGCGCCCGCGGCAUCUCGCUGCUCGGGCUUUACUUCGGCUGCAGCCUGAGCGCCCCCUGCGCGCAGCUCAGCGCCAGCCUGGCCGCCUUCUACGGCCGCCUGCGGGAGGACGCGGCGGCCGGGCCGGGGCCGGGGCGGCCGUCAGACCGGGGUUGGGUGUCGGGGGCUGGAGCCGGGGCGGCCGCCGAGCCCGAGCCACGGCGCCGCCUGGAGAUCGUCUUCGUGUCCUCCGACCAGGACCAGCGGCAGUGGCAGGACUUCGUGCGGGACAUGCCGUGGUUGGCGCUGCCUUACAAGGAGAAGCACAGGAAGCUGAAACUUUGGAACAAAUACCGAAUCUCCAACAUUCCGUCACUAAUAUUCCUAGACGCCAACACGGGGAAGGUCGUGUGCAGGAACGGGCUGCUGGUCAUCCGCGAUGACCCAGAAGGUCUGGAAUUUCCUUGGGGGCCUAAGCCCUUCAGAGAAGUCAUUGCCGGGCCCUUGCUGAGAAACAGCGGGCAGUCCUUGGAUAGCAGCAGCCUGGAAGGCUCCCACGUUGGGGUCUACUUCUCCGCACAUUGGUGUCCCCCCUGCCGGAGCCUCACCCGGGUCUUGGUGGAAUCCUACCGGAAGAUCAAGGAGGCAGGCCAGAAGUUUGAGAUCAUCUUCGUGAGCGCAGACAGGUCGGAGGAGUCCUUCACGCAGUACUUCAGCGAGAUGCCCUGGCUCGCGGUCCCCUACACUGAUGAGGCCCGGCGGUCGCGCCUUAACCGACUGUACGGAAUCCAAGGCAUCCCCACGCUGAUUGUGCUGGACCCGCAGGGAGAGGUGAUCACACGGCAGGGCCGAGUGGAGGUGCUGAACGAUGAGGACUGCAGGGAGUUCCCGUGGCACCCCAAGCCCGUACUGGAGCUCUCCGACUCCAACGCUGUGCAGCUCAACGAGGGCCCGUGCCUCGUCCUUUUUGUAGAUUCAGAGGAUGAUGGGGAGUCUGAGGCAGCCAAGCAGCUGAUCCAGCCAAUUGCUGAGAAGAUCAUCGCCAAGUACAAAGCCAAAGAAGAGGAGGCUCCGCUUUUAUUCUUUGUGGCUGGAGAGGACGACAUGACUGACUCCCUGCGAGAUUACACCAACUUGCCAGAGGCAGCCCCUCUGCUCACGAUCCUGGACAUGUCAGCCCGAGCCAAGUACGUGAUGGAUGUGGAAGAGAUCACCCCCGCCAUCGUGGAGGCCUUUGUGAAUGACUUCCUAGCAGAAAAGCUGAAACCAGAGCCCAUAUAGUGGGCUCUGGCCUCAUGAGACAUUAUUUAAAAGGCAGUCUUCUCCUCCUCCUUCCCUCCCCUCUCUCCGCCCUUGGACUUUUCCGACAUGUCCUGAGUCGUACAACCCAAGCGUCCAGCCUCUCUCUGUGGUGCCUUGUAUUCUGCAUUAAC